GGGGGUUCCCAGAAAAUACCUCCUCCUGCUGUUCCUCGGCUCUGAGUAUCUCGUGAAUAUCAAACACUCGCAGUCUCCAUAUUGGAAGCAGAGAUCAGAAAACACAGGAAAAUAUGAAGAGGAGGAUUUUGACGAUCAGUUAAGCGCACCGAUGUCGUUUUUCCUCGAGUUUAAACGCAGACUUUCAGAUAUCGCGCGUGUCGUUUAUUCAGACCACAUUUGGAGGUUUCAUGGUCAGCUCGCUAGCGCUGUCUUAUAUUAGCAACCCAGCCUCCAAUUACUUGUUAGCCGUCGCGCGCUUGCAAACGUUGUUUUUGUUAUGCGCAUCCAUACGGGAUAAAUAAUCAGAUGUGUGUCCGCGACGCUUAUUUUAAUGCAACAAAACGCAAAGAUUAGUGGUCGGGUGCAGUCCGUUCGCCCACGCUAGCCUGAGCGACAGCAGUCUGCUGGAGAGCUGCCAUUACCUCGACUAGCUGUUAGCACAAUCUGAAACACGGAGACGGCUAGAACUUGCUGGGGAAAGGAGCUAACAUUUUGUUUCCAUGGACAACACGUCCAUAAUAACGCAGGUUACGAACCCCAAGGAGGAGGAGAUACUCUCGUCAAAUGCUGAGAAAGUUUCGCUGUCGAACAGCAGUCUAAAGAAGAAGAGAAAUCGCAGCAUUUUCAGCUCGUUGUUCUGCUGUCUGAAAAGUUAUGAUGCUGAGCCACCCGCCACCCCAAACAACAACAGCAGCCCUCUGCCUCCUCCUGUGGAGGAGAACGGAGCUCCACCAAAGUGUGACCAGGUUGAGGUCAUCCCUAUUCCCAGUCCUCCAGAGAAAUACCUCCUGCCUGAUGUUAACAUCAGUGACUAUGGAAAGAAGUGUGUGGUAAUAGAUUUGGAUGAGACGCUGGUGCACAGCUCAUUUAAGCCUAUUAGCAAUGCUGAUUUUAUCGUCCCAGUGGAGAUAGACGGCACAGUGCAUCAGGUAUACGUGCUCAAAAGACCUCACGUGGACGAGUUCCUGCAGAAAAUGGGCGAACUGUUUGAAUGUGUGCUUUUUACAGCCAGUCUAGCCAAGUAUGCCGACCCAGUGGCUGACCUGCUGGACCAGUGGGGUGUGUUUCGGGCGCGACUCUUCCGGGAAUCCUGUGUUUUCCAUAGGGGCAACUACGUGAAAGACCUAAGCCGACUCGGGAGAGAGCUCAGGAACGUCAUCAUUGUGGACAACUCCCCUGCUUCCUACAUUUUCCAUCCUGAAAAUGCUGUUCCAGUGCAGUCGUGGUUUGAUGACAUGACUGACACCGAGCUACUGGACCUGCUGCCUUUCUUUGAGGGACUGAGCAAAGAGGAGGACGUGUAUGGAGUUCUGCAGAACCUGAGGGGCAGGUAGCAGGCUGGACUGUACACCCGACGAGGAGCCAGUGGAGCCCCCCGGUGGAGAUCAGAGGAGUAGCUCCUCUCCUCCGGCCCGCAGCUACCACCAGUCGUCAGCUCACAGUACAGGAACACGACACCACCCGUGUUGUCUCUAUAGGAAACACACACACACAGACUUUUAACAUUUAUAGGACACUCAAAUAUUUCUCUUUUGAAAAGUGCUUAUGAUAAACCAAAAAAAUCAACUUCUUAUUUUCCCUUUUUGGAAAUGAAAAUAUUCAAGUCAUAACCGUUCUUUGAGGCGUUGCUAUGCAGGAAAAUCUGUAGGGUUAAAAGACUGUGGGGUUUCCUCUCCAACCCAACAAAGUGCCUUUUUUGAAUGUCAUUUUUAUGGGGAAGAUACGAUUUUUUUACAUGACAUAUUUCCAGAGAACCUAAACUUUACAAGAAUUAUAUGCUUUAAAACGGAGGCAGGGCAGGGUCUUUUUUUAAUAAAAGCACUGUUAAAGAGGCCAGAGGUUUUUAAUUAUGUAAAGCUGGGUACACGUCUCCAUUUUUGUGCUUUUUUUGUGUUUCCUUUUUGCUUUAGCUUGUGCCAUUAUAUAGAAUGAUUUUAUUAUUGAUUCUAUCUAGACUUGUAUAUGUUUAGUUUGUUUUCUAAGAGCAAAGGAAUGCAUUUGCACUUGUUAGGUUACUUAUUUUGUCCGCCUUGGCCUCUCUUGCCAACUCUCACCUAGAGGUCUUGCUAACCAGACCAGGAGAAGCAAUCGUAUAAGAUUGUAUUGUGCCAAUCGUCUUACAAUCUGAUGCCAUUUAACGUUAGUCAACUAAAUUUGACGAGGGAAAUUCAAUGAAUGCGUCAUAUUGCGUAGACUAAUGUUUGGACAUUUUAAAAGAUGUUAUUAUACCAGCUAGAAUUUUAGUCGUUACUUUCAACUUUAUCCGUUUGCCUUUGGUGAAGUAGUGUAGACACUGCAUUUGUUGCCCCUUUAUUGUAUUCCUAAGGGGAGGUGUCCUUUAUAGAAGUCAGGAUACACAAUUGCAAAUGUAUCCCUUUUAUCGUUUUUAAUAUUUUCUUUCAUUGUUUGAUUAGUGAAUUGUUGAAAAUAUUACAGGUCCAUCAUAUCUUUUAGACUGAUCUUAUUUUUAAUUGAUUUCAACCUGUUUUUAACCCUACCCUGUUGCUGCUACCACUGUAUAUUACACUACAAAUAACCUCUCUGUGGGGUACAAACAGUACCAGCCCAGGGACAAGAGAACUGUCUGUGCAGCUCAUGAAUAGCUCAGAACGGACUUCUUUUCAGUUCUUCAUAAGGAUUUGCUUUAGAUCGGAUCCUAAAAACUGUUUAUCGAAAUCUGUUUGGGACUCUGUGCGCAGUGGAAAGCGGCGUGAGCUGCACAGACUCUUCACCGCAGUGCCUAAGAUGAGAGGAGCGGCAGAGGCGUCUCCCGAUCUGCAAUAACCUCUCUGCCUAGAGUCCGCCACAACAUGGUUCAUCCACUACGAGCUGUCAAUCGUUUAUCUUCGUCCUCUUUUCUUGGACUUUCAUUGUCUACCUCUCUCCGUCUCUCGCAAAGUUGUUCCACAGCAGACAACCGAGAGAGAUUUAUUCUUAUGUAUCUGUCAGUAUUUGAGAUGUUCACCUAGUUAUCUUGCACCUGCUGUUUUCUGCUUGUUUGUGUGCUGUACAGCCUCCCCUUCUACGCAGAUUUUUAGCUUGGUUUUAUUUUUAGAUUGCUUUGUACACAUUUGAAAAUUUCACAUUUAUUAAUUUAUCACAGUGACCUUGUUGAAACACUUUGGUUUUGGUCGUCAUUGUGUUUAUGAUGUCUUCACCUUUCAAUGGUAGGGUGCACUAUUUUGAUUUCACAUCACUUUGAUGUUUAAUGCUGACAACGGUCAAUUGAGAUUUUUCCUUGAUUGGUAUUAUUGCAGUUAAGCCAUAUAGACACUUUACGGUCAGCGGAUUCACUCGGGUUUGAAGUCAGUUUGGAGAGGCUGUACAGCGCUGAUAUAUUUCGAGUUGAAUUGAUUCAUGGUUGUAUUGUUGCAAGUUUUCUUCCGGACUCUGACAUAUUAAAGCACCUUUAUAAAAACA